GGAAGGGCCAUAACCAUGCCAUCAAGCCACAAGGACUUUCUUGUACUUACUAAAUUGGAUCAACUAGGUGCUGGGAAUUGUAGCUGGCUGUGCAGAUUUACUCCACAAGCUAUGUCUCUUGACAGCAAAAUAUCCUCGCCUCAUAGGAGGUCACAAAUACAGACCGCAUUCUCAGUCUCCUCCCCAACGUUCAAGAGACAAAAUUCUCGAAGCGAUGACCAUGACCUAGGGGGCUGUUCAGCUCUUCUUCAGCGCCACCGUUUCCUCCUUACUGCACUCGGCCUGCUAGCCUUUCUCUGCACCAUCUACCUCUAUUUUGCCGUCACUCUUGGGCCCAGCGACACCUGCUCUGGGUUCACAGGUGCUGAGAAAGCAGCGUGCCAUUUGGAACAUGGAAAGGCAUUUGCGAAAGGCAAAUUGAAGUUCUUCUAGCACAUCGAUGGCUGGCCUAUCUGUCUGCAACUUCUUUGGUUGUAAAAGCAUAAAGCUGAAUAUAUUCAUUCAUAUUAUUAAUGUAGUACGGAGUAUAUUUUUGUAGUUGAUAUCUGGGUUGGGUUGUUACUAAAGCUGUUAACUUUGAUUGGAGGAGGUGCAUCAUAUGAUUGUUCUGAAGAAUCAUGUGUUGUUGUCUGUAACAUGGCAGCUAGCAUUCUUUUUGUGAUACACAGCUCCAUCAAUCCAUUCAGGGACUGGGCGAAGCAUAUAAGUUAUCGAAACAAACAAAGUGUGUUGGUUUUUCA